UUCUGGAGCGUGAGGCUACGCGAAUCAAACUUGCCACUUACGAUCUAACAAAACCAGACACGAUUUCCGUCCACCUUCGUGUCCUGUAGCAAUCUACCUCAUCCAUCUACGUGUUUUCUUGCUGUACAAGAGCUGUAAAAUUGACUAAUUGAUCGUCCUCUAACGGACAACCGCGAUAAAUUCGAAGAGUCGGUUCAGAAGAGGGUCCAGACACCUAAGCAAUUUAACGUCAUCAAAGAUUCCGAACAGGAUCCAUAAAAGUAUCCACGUAUAUUUCCGACUCUUCUCCAGCGAAUUAUCGAGGAUUUUGAUCAACCAGCAAACAAUCACCGAGAUGCGUAAUCCCAGCACAGAAGAAAUUCUCAAAGACGAGCAAUGUUUCGAGAUAAUCCGCAAGAAGCUGCACAAAGACUCGAUGGAGGAUUUCUCGUUGAUCACCUACGAAGUGGUGCCUAUAGACGAGGUGAACGGUUUCAUGGGCCAGUACUUCACUCUGAAAGCUACCGUGGCCAGUCCCCAGUCGCCAUUGGAGACCAAGAAAAUUAAUUUCUUCACGAAACUACCGCCACCAUCGACCAGCCCCCAAUACGAUUUCAUUCAAGAAUAUGGUACGUUCAAGAAGGAGGUGGCACUUUACACCACUGUCUUUCCAGAAGUGUUGGACGGUUUGGAUAAUCGAUGUAUCCCAGAAUGCUUCCUCGGUCUGGAGAACGACGUGAUCGUGUUGGAGGACAUGGCCCAUAGCGGUUAUGAAAUGACUGACAAACGGAAACCUUUCGACUACGAACACUGCAAGAUCCUGAUGAGAACGUUGGCCAGAUUUCAUGCCAAGUCUCUGAUAUUCGAGGAAGUCUGCCAGAAGAACCUGCACGACGAGUUCUCGCAUUGCAUGCAAGAAACCCUAUGGCCACUUAAGGACGGCCGCGCAAAAGCGAUGUUCGACGCUGCUGUAAAGGGCACCGUGUCGGUGAUCGACCUGAUGCCCGAGUUGUCCGUGGAUAAACGGAGAUCGUUCCGAGCGAAAGUGAUCGAUUUGUGUGCGGAUCACGCGGUGAAAUUGUCCCCGUCCACCAGACACAAGAACGUGCUAUGCCACGGGGAUCUGUGGGCAAACAACAUUUUGUUCAAGUACGACGACGACGGGAAGCCCCUGGAAUGCUGCCUGAUCGAUUUUCAACUUGCCAGAUACAAUCCCCCUGCACACGACAUCCUCUGUUUCCUCCAAUUCACGACAACGCGAAAACUCCGGGAAGAGCACAGCGAGGAUCUAUUCAGAGUGUAUCACGAAACAAUGGCAGAAGCCCUGCAAGAAGCUAAGCUGGACAUCGCGAACAUAUUUCCAUGGAACGAGUUUAUUGAAUCCAUCGAGGAUCUACGCGUCAUGUGCAUCACACAUGGCGUCUUGAAUAUCCCAAUCAUGUUAUUAGAACCGAAGGCAGCCAGCAAAUAUUUUUACGAAGAACCUGAGUUAUUGGAGAGCAUUCUAUACGCAGAUAGAACACCGUUGAUCUGCGAGCAGCUGAGAUCCGUGCCCGAAUACGAAGACAGGGUGAUGGAAGCACUUCUAGAAUUACACGAUCACGUGGCUGGAUAAAGAGGAUCAAGCGAUCGGAUCGAAUCGGUACAACGGAUAUUAGGUCUUAUUUCAGUGUAGCCUCCAGAUUCACCAAACCCCGAAUCGCUGACUUGGAAAGUGAGCGAUGAGCACAGCGAGAGGUAGUCCCAAUUAGUCCCAGGUACAUACGAAGAAUCAAGUCAGUAAGAUUAGCAACACAAUGAUUUAUACCGUUCCCACUGGAAAACUUUACCUUACACCAACGAAUCGAGUCAAUACAGUAAAUCCUCGAUGAGUGGUCGAAGGGUCCUCGGCACUAAGUGUUUAGACGCCAUCCUAGUCUAAUCUUAACAGGAAUUCUAGACACUAU